AUGACUGACGAUUCAGCAAAAAGUGCCUUAACGACACCGAGUGAUAUGACAAAAAGUGUCUUUAAUUAUGAGCAUCUUCUAACAAAUUCGACUAUAAAUUCAAUUAAUUUUGGUGGAUUAACUACAAGUGUCACGUCUAGCACAUCUGACUAUAAUGAUAAUCACCACAACAAUCGAAACAGUAGUUUAUUUGAUGGAAUCGGAAUGUGUGAGAGUAUGACAGAAAGUUAUUGUUCAGUAGCUACAUCGGAAUUAGGCGAUGAUGGGACAAUAACAAAUUCACCAGAUACAACAAUUACCACCAAUGGUACACCUGGUCCAAAAUUAGAAAAAAAAGAUUCAUCAGGAAAAAAUAUGUUAAAAAAACGACGUUCGAGACGAGCACAAUAUGAUGCUGAAGGCCAUUCUCCUCAUCAUCAUGGUCUAGAUAAAAUUGAAAUUGUCAAUAUUGAAGAACAAAACGAAUUCGAUACAAACAGUGACGAAAGCUGGCUAUGCCAAGCACCAAGAAGUAUCCGCGAUCCAUCACCAAAUCUCAUAUCUUGGGUUCACAAAGAAUUCAAAUCAAACGAUAUAUCUGCAACCAAACAUCGUUUAUUAUGCAAAUUAGAUGAUAUGUCAAAUGCUCGCACAAUAAGAAGUAUGUCAUGUCAUAAUUUUCCAGCUGGUCAAGAAAAUGAUGGUGUAAAACGAAGUAACACAUCGGAUGAGGUCAAACCAGUUAAUUCGCUAACCGAACAUGUCCAAAACUAUUGGACCAAUACUGUUCGUGAAAACGUUUUAUAUUUGCUUGAAUUAAUAAAUCCUCUCGACAACCGACCACCCUUUUUGUCCAUCAAUGACAAUAAAUCGAUCGAUACAACAAAAAUAUUCCAAUCUAAUUCAGUGAGAAAACUGUCAUUGAAAAUGAGAUUAUUAACGUUGAGUAUGGAUAGUAUCAAUAGCACAAACGAAAAUGAUGAUCGUUUAUCAGCUUACGAUAGUCUAGACGAUGAUAAUGUACAAGAAAGUGAUGUAUGGAAAAAUAAAUGUUUACAAGAAAAUAUUUUAAAAGCAAUUACAAACGAACGUUAUGUCAUUGAAAAUUUAACAAAACAAUGUAGUUUAAUGAAAAAAGAUAAUUAUCAAUGUUCAAUGGAUAGUUUAGAUCUAGAAUGGGAUGAUGCCGUUGAUACUCUUGAUAACAAUAUAGACAGUUUAAUUAACAUCCAAUCAAUCUCACAACAGCAGCGAACAGCAUCACCUGGAGUUACAAAUUCAAAUACUAGACCUGUAUCACCUGUACGUUUAAGUGGAACAUCGCCAUUAAGACAUGGUUACACAAUUAAUCCUACAUCGACUACAAUUAGUUCAAUAACAAGAUCUCGAGAUGUAUCACGUGAAAGAGAAUUAUAUGAUUAUACCGAUGUUGAAGUAAUGGCAAAGAUACAACUAGAAAAUCUACGGCAGUCUGAGAAACAAGGCCCAUUAUCAAAACGACAUGGCGGUAGUACAAAUACUUUAUUAGGUGGAGAAUCUCGUGAUUCUUCUCCAGCAUCUGUAUUUGCGGCUAAUGUGAGUAAUGAUGACUAUACCAAAUACCAGCAUAGUAGUACAAAAAGUCGUUUUGGAAAUUCCCACAGUCCCGUUUCACGUCAUACCAGUACUCAUAGUGGUCAAUCAACACCAAGGAGAAGUCAUUCUCCAAAUCCAAGUGCUAAUGGCUAUAAGCGAAAAAAUUCAUAUGUCGUUACGGAAUCACAAUAUGCCAAUGUGCUACCAUCUGUCUCACCUCGAUCAGCAUCUCCGGCAACACAGAACUGGAGUGGACGUGGCACGCCUACCAUUCCUUCUCAGUUAGAAACUUGUCUUGAAACCUCCUACAUAAACACUGACUCAUUUGAUGCCGAUGAUGAUCAACAACAAAUUCAAUUAAAUUCAUACAGUUUACAAGGAGUGAAUUCUACAAAUGAACUCAAUCGUACAGGUGGUUCUAAUAUAUCUUUGGCUUCAACAAAUAGUCAUGCUUCAUCUAAUAGUGGCCACAGAGCAUCAGCUUCAACAGUUCGUUCUUCUGUACCAAAUAAGCCGCCAGCUGCUCCAAAGGCAGGCGUUAAAACAAAUGCAGGACCACCAAAACAAAAUUAUCGACGUUCAACAACACAAACAAUUACGACUUCAAAUAAUUAUAAAGUACCAGUUGUCGAUAAUGCUAAUAUGAAACUGAAUAAUGGUUUAGUGAAUCAAUCACGUUCAAAUUUAUUACCAUCAAAUCAAAGUAAACCACCAACAACAACAACUCGUCAAUCAUCUAAUCGUCCUAUAUAUCCUUAUCGUGGUUCGCAAACACAAGUCGCUACAUACCCAUCUCAAACAAACUACAAUAAUAAUGCAAAUGAUAUUCAAUCCGUUAAACAUCAACAGCCACCUGCUCCACCACAACGUGGCACAAAAGUUCAACAACCAAAUUUCGGUUCUACAUAUACUACAAAUCAAUUAGCUGAAGCAACAGCUUAUAUAAAUGAAAAUAAUUUAUUAAGUGAUGUAAUUAAUAAACCCGUUGUUCCUGUUCGUGCUGUAUUACCACAAAGACGAACAAUUCUUCCACAAUCAUCAGUACAUUCAUCUAAUGAAAAACUACCGGCCACUAACGUUGAAACAAACGGUCAUCAUACGAUGGAUUCUGUGCCAUCAUCAACAAUACCUCGUAGUUCAUCAACAUUGAGUCAAGGACGAAAAAGUGGACUACCGUUACCCGUGGGAAAUCAACUGAAACGACCGAGCAUUGCAUCCGUUUCACGUUAUUCAUCUUCAAAUACAAUUCCAUCCUCUCAAUCAUCAGACAGUGUUGGCAUGUCUCAACCUUCCAUUCAGCAUCAACAACCACAAAUACCUGAUAAUAUGUCGCCAUCCCAAUCUUGGAACGAAGGAUCUGUUCCAUUUUGUGCCAUUACUGCAGCUGUUUUAACAUGGGGUCGUAUAAAUAACAGGAUUUCACCAAAGUUUUACGGUUUUAAAGUCUUUACAGGCAUAACAUUCGCAUAUGCUUUGGGAAAAAUAUCCUAUAUAACUACUUGUAGAAAAAAAAUAUUAGAACAAUUACCUGAUAGUAAUUUAGCACGAGCUGUAUUAAAUCAACAAAAUCCUUAUAGUCGUGAGUUUGUACAAGAUAUUGUUCAACCACCACAACUUGUUCCUAGUUCAAUUUAUACGACUGAUGAAUCAGAUGAUGAACAUCAUGUACAACAAAAAUUAUUACCAGUUGAAACUCCUAGAGAAGAUGAAAAACGAUAUUAUACAUACGAUGAGUUACGAAAGAAAAAUCGUGAAGAAUAUGACAGUCGUUUUCGCGGAACAAAACAAAAGAAUGGCACUACAUCAACGAAUGAAAGAAACAUCGUUGUAAAAUCACCUGAACCACCAUCUCGGUUGGAAGAUCGGUCUAAUUCACGUUUACCGACACAAUUUCCAACUGCGACUGUUGAUGAUAGUAUUGAAAGGAUAAAUCGAAAAGAUGGAAAAAAGAUUCGUCGGAAUCAAUAUGGAGACGAAGUAUACGAAUGA